GCAGAAGUCUCCAACUCCCCUACUGUCUCUCCUCUUCAGCUUCCAACCAAUUAAAGUUGGAGUGUCAUCCUUAUUACUUUCUUUAGAAGCUCUGUUUUGUCCUUCAAAUCUCUUUAUCCAUCUAUCUAGCUUUCUAAAAUGAAGUUUGUAGGAGAGAGGAGAUUUGCUCUUUUACUGGCAGCUAGAGAUUCUGAUUAUGUGAAGAAAGUGUAUGGUGGGUAUUUUAAUGUGUUUGUUGAUGCAUUUGGGGAAGAAGGAGAACAGUGGGAUUUGUUUAGGGUUGUGGAGGGAGAAUUUCCUGACAUUGAUGAGCUUCACAAGUACCAUGGCUUUGUGAUCAGUGGCAGCCCUUAUGAUGCUCAUGGCAAUGAUGCCUGGGUUCUGAGACUUUGCAUCUUAAUACAAACACUGUAUGCAAUGGAGAAGAAAGUGAUUGGAAUAUGUUUUGGUCACCAAGUGUUGUGCCGAGCUUUGGGUGGUAAGGUAGGGAGAGCUUACAGUGGUUGGGAUAUUGGGUUGAGGAAAGUCAGACUGGUGGAGGAUUUCAACAAAAGAAGCUCUGUUGGUGGCUUUACUGAAAUCCCUCCUUUCCUUUCCAUCAUUGAGUGUCAUCAGGAUGAAGUAUGGGAGGUCCCUGUUGGAGCUGAGAUAAUAGCCUUCUCAGACAAGACAAGAGUGGAGAUGUUUACCCUUAGUGGCCACAUAUUAGGCAUCCAAGGUCAUCCUGAGUACACCAAAGACAUUCUAUAUAAUCUCAUCGAUCGUCUCGUCAACAACAACUCUAUAGAGAAAGAGUUCGCUGAGCAAACAAAAUCGAGAUUGGAGAUUGCUGAACCAGAUAGGAAGACUUGGGAGAAGAUUUGCAGGAGCUUUCUUAAAGGAAAAUAGCUAGAUAUCAC